AUGCCUGUGGACCAGAUGCUCCACCUGAGUAUCGCAGACUAUCCCAUGAACAAUGUCAUGGUCAUCACUCCUCCGGCGGAGAAUGACUUGAAUCUUGAGAACAAGAGCCUCCAACAGCCUAUUGCGACCGGGUCGUUAAGCCGCAUCUAUCGAUUUACACCCAAGCCCACUCUCGUAUUAGACGGCACCCUACGCAUCGUCGAAGUAUCUAACAGUCAUGUGGAAGUCUUCAAGCGUCCACGAGACCAACUGUUGGCAGCGAGUGUCUACAAUCUUCCCCCUUCCAUCCUACCGGCCCCCGACAUCGCCUCCCUGAGUGGUGCCCUCGGCACUGCUAUAUCAACUCGCGAAGUGCAGGUCAUUAAGCGUGUUCACGUGGCGCAAAUCGACGCCUUCUUUUCACUCACCGUGAUCCCCAUCUUUGAAGAUGACUCCUUGAUCUACUUACUCCUGGAGGCCCAACGCACCAAACACGAACGGAACAGGUCGGAUUCUAUCAGUGAACAAAUUUAUCUUAACGAAACCUACAAAAUCCUGGUUGACACGGUGAGGGAUUAUGCCAUUUUCAUGUUAGAUGCGCACGGUCAUAUUGCGACUUGGAAUUCUGGCGCUGCGAUUUUGAAGGGUUACACAUCAUCCGAAAUCAUCGGCCAACAUUUCUCCAUCUUUUACGGUCGCGAUGACCGCGAAAUGAAUAAGCCCGCCCGAGAGCUGGAGGUCUGUUUACAAGAAGGAAAAGUUGAGGAUGAGGGCUGGCGUUACCACAAGGAUGGCACCCGGUUUUGGGCCAAUGUCAUGAUCACCGCCAUCCAUCAGAAUGGUAGCCAUGUGGGAUUCGUGAAAGUUACCCGCGACCUGACCGAACGUCGGGCGGCGGAGGCCCGCUUAAUUGACGCUUUUGAAGAAUCUGCCAAGCUGAAGUCUGACUUCUUGGCCAACAUGUCUCACGAAUUGCGCACCCCAAUGAACGGAAUGCUCUUGGCUUUGACGAUGCUGCUGAGGACCGAGCUGACUGAUGAGCAGCGGGAAUUCGCCUGCAUCCUUGAAGACUCAACCUCUAUCUUGCUGCAGGUAAUUAACGAUGUGCUCGAUUAUUCUAAGCUAUCGUCGGGAACCUUCCCCUUGAACCCAGACGUUGUCAACAUCCCCGACGUGAUCUCUGCCGUGAUUCGAAAUUGUCAGUCGGCGCUCAAGCCUGGUGUUCAGAUCAUGGGAGGUGUUAGCGAGGGAUUUCCUACAAACCUCAAGGGUGACCCGCUACGAUUCCGCCAAGUUCUGCAAAAUCUGGUCACCAACGCAGUCAAGUUCACUGAGAGUGGUUAUGUUCGUGUUCAUUCCACUUAUGCCAUCGAUGACAAGGACCCUGAAAUGUAUGUGAUUUCUACACAGGUAGUGGAUACUGGUAUCGGCGUACCUGAAGAUGCCGCAAGUAUUCUCUUCACUCCCUUCACGCGAUUUGCGGACACGGCCGCAAAAAGAUACCAAGGCACUGGCCUUGGUCUAUCGAUCUGCAAGAGCCUGGCUGAAUUGAUGGAUGGAGCAGUUGGAUUCCAUGCCAACCCCGACGGACCAGGAAGUGUGUUCUGGAUGACAGCUAAGAUGGCUCGUUUUACCUCACCAGUAUCUCCAAUGAAGCAGAGGCUGCCACCGGCUACACCCGAGGCGUUGGAUAAUUCCGCGUCACUUCAGAAAGUCGCCCCACACAAACAUGUUCUCCUAGUCGAAGACAACAAGGUCAACCAACUUAUUAUGUUGAAACUUCUCAGCAGCCUGGGUUUCAAGCGCGUCGAUGCUGCCUGGGAUGGAGCGGAAGCAGUGCGGAUGGUCAAACAGAAGCCUUUGGCCUAUAAUGUGAUCUUGAUGGACAUCAACAUGCCGGUCAUGGACGGAUUGACUGCUACAGAGCACAUUCGACGGAUGAAACUCGAUGUGCCUAUCCUUGCAUUGACGGGCAAUGCUCUUAAGGGAGACGCUGAGAUGUAUCUGGCCAAGGGGAUGGACGAUUACAUCGCUAAGCCCUUGCAUCGGCAGCAGCUGGUGGAUUUAUUAUGGAAGUGGUGCGGAUCCUGA